CAGUGUAAGUCUGAACAUAAUGAAAGUACUGUAAUUCACUUAAUAUUGGUAAGAUCAAUUCUAUCCUUACAACAUAUAGGGAGACAAUCUAAAUGACCUAUAUGACUGAAGUCAUUAUAUAAUGCAAAUAAGGUUGCUUAAAAGUUGGUGGGGAUAAUUUGAGCAUCCUGAAAAGUUGGUCGUGUUAUGUCACUACCGGUGUUCGGCCAUUCCUUACUACGCGGCGAAACGUCCUACACAAUGCUCAGGGCGCUUGCGCAUGCAUCCAGACGCAUGCGCACAUCGCUUAGAAUCGGCGAGUACUCACUAUUUUUGUUUUUAUUUAGUUAUUUAGAACCUUUUCACUGCCUCAAAGAUACUUUUUGCAUGUAUUACCCUCUCAUACGUUUAACCAUUGUGUUUUUUUUUUGUGUUAGCUUUGAAGCAGUUGACCACAUUAGUCAUCUAGCGUAUUUAAACCGUCCUUAUUUGAUAUAACUACAUUUAAGUAUUUUCUGCAGGCAUUUUUUUAGUACGUUAUUCCUGUUUGCAUCUAAACAAAACGCGUUUAGAGCGCACGGUAGUACUUUAGGUGUCAAAUUCGACUAAUGUAGGACGUUUCGCCGAUGUAGCAUAUUUUGGCAGAACACCGGCCCUAUGCAAACCAACGCCCUUGAUUCUGAGCCUUCAAAUUGAGGUAUUGAUAAUGAUGACUAGAAUUCGGAUAUGUUGAUCAUAUUUAUUGAAUAUUUUUUGACUCCAGUGAUCAGGUAAAGUCGUGAUGGAAUUUCCAAACGCUUGAUCUUCUUACGCUGAAGUUUCAGCACUUGAACGUUUCUACUUCCGGGUCCCUUGACGCAACCUCUAUGUACCCAUCCGGGGCUUGCUGUUCUUUCGUGUUCCAUUCUCCAAACCAAACAACCUCCUUCAAAGCAAUAUAAUUGGAGUCCUGCAGACGUCACUGUAGAAGAUCUUAACCCUGAGAAGCACAAUCCCAUCCACGGUAAACAUAAGGAGGAGCCUGACAUGCCGUUGAUCAAAAAGGAGGCGGAGCCAGAGACCUCUGACAUCAAAGAAGAAAAACAGGAAAUUGAAAUCCUCAAGUUUCCAAUGGGUGUCGGCGUGAAGAGCGAAGAAGACGAAGGACCAAGCGAAGAGAGCGGAGCAGCGAACCCUAUGAGUGACGGCUCAUUUCAGCACCAGACAACAAAAGGAGAGCAACCGGACGGCUUCUUAGCUCCGCUUUCGGACAGCGAUGACAUAACGUCACAUUCUUCUGACUUUAUUACUGAUGAGGAGGAGGAUGACUUUGACCAAAAUGCUUCAAAAUCCUUAGAAAAGUCAUCAUUUAAAAGAGACGCAAAGGAAGGCGUGGUUGGAAAACGUUUUCCCUGCUCACUUUGUGAUAAAAUAUUUCCUUGGAAAUGCUACUUAAAGGCACACAUGCGGAGACACACUGGAGAGAAGCCUUUUGCCUGCACACUUUGUGGGAAAAGAUUCCCCAAGCAGGCAACUUUAAAAAUUCACACAAGAACACACACUGGAGAGAAGCCUUUUGCCUGCACACUUUGUGGUAAAAGAUUCAUCGCGAAGGGUGGAUUAAAGAAACACAGAAGGACACACACUGAAGAGAAGCCUUAUGCCUGCACACUUUGUGAUAAAAAAUACUUCGCGAAGGCAAAUUUAAACAUUCACACAAGAACACACACUGGAGAGAAGCCUUUUGCCUGCACACUUUGUGGUAAAAGGUUCACAAAGCAGGGAAAUUUAAACAUUCACACAAGAACACACACUGGAGAGAAACCUUUUGUCUGCACAUUUUGUGGUAAAAGAUUCACCCAUAAGGGAGAUUUAAACAAACAUACAAGCACACACACCGGAGAGAAGCCUUAUGCCUGCACACUUUGUGAUAAAAAAUACUUCAGGAAGGCAAAAUUAGACAUACAUACAAGAACACAUACUGGAGAGAGGCCUUUUGCCUGCACACUUUGUGAUAAAAGAUUUGUCGAGGAGGGUGGUUUAAAGAAACACACAAGAACACACACUGGAGAGAAGCCUUAUGUCUGCACACUUUGCGAUAAAAGAUUUUCUCAGAAGACUUAUUUGAAAAUACAUAAGCGCUCACACACUGGAGAAAAGCCUUUUUCAUGCUCACUUUGUGGUAAAGGAUUCGCUCAGAAAGGAAAUUUAGUAAGGCACGCAAGAAUCCACACUGAGUAAAAACGUUUGAAUUCUAGCGUGUGAGAAAAUAUUUUUGAUUCCUGUAUGUACAAUGGGAAAAGCAUUUCAAUUAAUUUAUCCCGUUUCUCACGAGCCUCUUUUGAAAAAGUUGUUAAUGAUUUUUCAGGUGCUGUUCUUUUUUACAACUAUCCAAUUCAUAUAUGGCGGAACACACAGACAAGGUUAAAAUGUCAGUUUCUGCUCUUGCACCCCUCUUUAAAAUAAACUGCUGUAUUUUAAGCCAAAACAACUGUUGUGUUUGAUAGAACAAUAUGUCUAUAUGCUGCCAUAGCAGAAUCAUGGCGCAUUAGGCCUCCAAACUAUUUUUAAUAUGCCCGUUUUACCCUGGAAACCCCCGUUUACAGAUGUUGUGCAACCGCUUUUGUUUCAAUCCAGCCAGAAAAAGAAGGUAGGUAAGUCGAUUUAUUAUUCGAAAUGUCUGUCAUUUUUAGCUAAGAAUCAUUAAUUGAUGUCUAAUAUUUAGUUAAAAAAAUAAAA